UUUUAACAAAAAUAUCAAGAAUAAAAAAAGCAUGUCCGUCCAAUUAAAUAUAAAUAUGAUGGGUGUGUGAGCAUAUUUUCCUUUCCAUUAAUUAAUUAACCCCACAUCUUACUCCCUCAUCAUCAUAUCAUAAAUAGCACCAAACUAAAUCGUUUUUUCUGCUCUCCCUUUGUCUUUCUUUCUCAUUCUUAUUCUCCUAAGAUAUAUAAGAUACAUACACGGUUUAAUUUGUUUAUUAGAAUAUGGGGAGAAGAAAGUGUUCACAUUGUGGUAAGAUAGGACAUAAUUGUAGGACAUGCACAUCCUUCACCCUUGGAGUUGGAGGACUUCGUCUCUUUGGUGUCCAACUAUCCUCCUCUAAUUCAUCUAAUCAUAAUAAUUCUACCAUCAUCAAGAAAAGCUUUAGCAUGGAUACCUUUCCAUCACCAUCCUCUCCAUCUUCUUCAUUCUCUUCAUCAACAUCAUUAACCAAUAUUGAUGAUAAUCAUCAUCAUCAUCAUCAUCAUCAUCACAAAUCUACCUCUACUAAUAUUGCCUAUCUAUCAGAUUGUUUUAUAGGUCCACCCCAAGAGAGGAAAAAAGGAGUUUCAUGGACAGAAGAUGAGCAUAGAAUGUUUAUGGUUGGACUAGAGAAAAUGGGAAAAGGAGAUUGGAGAGGUAUCUCUAAAAACUUCGUUCCCACAAGAACCCCAACACAAGUCGCGAGUCAUGCUCAAAAAUACUUUCUCCGAUUGUCAACUAUCAAUAACAAGAAGCGACGUUCAAGUCUCUUUGACUUGGUUGGGAGCAAGAACACUAACACAAAAGUCCAAGGCAACGCUAAUUCAAUAGUUUUGAGUCAUAAAUCAGAGAAUAAGUGUAAAUGUGAAGUUGAGAUUAAUGAUGGCACAACUUUCUUUAAACAAGAAGUAGUCAAAUCAGAUAAGCAAGAAACUAAUUACUCUCAAGUUAAUUGGCUACAUAAUCACUCUUCAAAGUAUGCAACAGUGCCUUAUUUGGACCUCACACUUGCAGUUGCACCCCCUAAGAAGACUAAUAAGACCACCCAAGCUGGCCCAUUGCUUUUUGGCCCAAUUAGUGUCACUUAAUUAAUUAUUAAGUACUCUGAAAUUUUUCACAUUCUGUCAUUUAGAUUAUAUCUGUUAUCAAACGGUAAUUUAUCCUCAUGUACAAGAAGAUAUGGUCAAAAGAGCACAAUUUUCUUUGUUUGUUUUA